GGACAGCAGCAGUGAACACUGUAGUUCAAAUCAAACUGAACAAAGACUUGAACAUGGAUCUAAGGCCCAGGAUGCUGAGACCUCAUCUCAUUUUAAUGCUUGCCGUCAUUGUUCUUGAUGGCACCAUGUUGGCUGACGGCUCAAAUAUAAGACUUGUCAAUACACACGGCGUCUGUUCUGGUAGAGUGGAAAUCUAUCACGAUGGUCAGUGGGGAACAGUGUGUGAUGAUAACUGGGACAUGAAUGAUGCGGCGGUGGUGUGCAGAGAGAUGGGAUGUGGCACAGCGGUCAGCGCCCCUGAGAGUGCCCACUUUGGUCAGGGAAGUGGCCCAAUACAUCUGGAUGAUGUUGCUUGUUCUGGAAGUGAAAGCUCCAUCACAGCAUGCAGUCAUAAUGGAUUUGGCAAACACAACUGUAAUCAUGGUGAAGACGCUGGUGUGACUUGCUCAGAUAAUAAAUCAGGCCCUGAUGAGAUCAGGUUGGUGAAUGGAAAUAGUCGCUGUUGUGGCAGAGUGGAAAUCCAGCACAAUGGCCAGUGGGGAACAGUGUGUGAUGAUGACUGGGACAUCAAUGAUGCAGAGGUGGUGUGCAGACAGAUGGGAUGUGGCAAAGCGGUCAGCGCACAUAGCAGUGCCCAUUUUGGUCAGGGAAGUGAACCAACAUGGCUGGAUGAUGUUGGAUGUAGUGGAACUGAAAGCCACUUAACUCAGUGUUCACACGGUGGAUUUGGAAAGGAGAACUGUGGACACGAAGAAGACGCUGGAGUUGUUUGCUCAAAUGACCUGCAGAGUCCCUCACUCACCCUGACCUCAUCUCACUCUGCUGUAUCUGCUGGAGAGGCUGUUCAGUUCAGAUGUGUCUUGCCCAGCCCAACCUGCAUCUCUGCAAACUUCCGAUUGUACAGAAACGGGCAAUCAAUAAAAUCCCAAACAGCUGAAUCUUCGACAACAUUUGAAUUGACUGUGGAUUCCUCACAUCAGGGCCGGUACAGCUGUGACUAUUCAUACCAGGGAAGCAGCUCCAUCACAUCCUCCAGGAGCAGCUCCAUAGAUCUCACUGUGGUAACUCUACCCGCACCAAGCAUCUCUCUCCGUCCCACCAAAGAGGUCACAUGGGGAGAGAAGGUUGACAUCACCUGCUCUGUAGAAACACAGUUCACAGGUGGAUCCUUCACUCUGAUACAGAACUCUGGAUCAUUUAGAGAGACCAAGAGUGGAACCUCCGUCACCUUCAGUUUACCAAAAGUGGACUUUGUUCAUGAGGGGUCUUACUACUGCCAGUACCAGACCAGAGUGUCCAGUCGUGAUUUCCGUUCUCCACAAAGUAGCUCUGUUCGUUUCUCUGUUGUAGUGAACUUGCUGCAGCCCCAUAUCUCCUUCAGUGCUCCUGAUGGAAGGUCCCACUGGUGGCUUCAAGGGUCAGAGGCGACCAGGGACUACAGCUUCUCCAUCAUCUGCUCCAUUCAACCACAAUAUCCAGGAGGCUCCUUCCACCUGAAGUUCAGUGGAUCCAACAUCACCAGAACUCAGUCAGCUGUUAACCACUCAACUACCUUCUUCAUUCCUGAGGCAGAUUUUGCCGACCAGGGAAACUACAGCUGUGUUUAUGAAGUAAACGUGUCUUCACGCACCUUUAACUCUCCUACCACUGAACUCUUGGCUGUCACUGUGAAAGCGUCACCAGUUCCCUUCAUCGCUUCUGGAGUGACAGCAGGACUGUUACUCAUAUUAGUGCCAAUCAUCAUUUUCUUCAUAAAGAGAAGCAAAAACCAAAAAGAUCAUCAGACGGCUGUGAAGACGGAUCAUAGACUUCGUGCCAGAAACACAUAUGGGGUUACCGGAGGAAAUAAUGAGAUGGAUGAUGAAGAUUAUGAAAAUGCAGAAACUGUUUUUCACCAGAAAGAAGAUUCAGAUGAUUCUGAUGAGGACUAUGUUAACGUAGAUGUUGAUGUCAAGAAUAAGGCAGUGGCCAAUGAUUAUGGAGGUGCCAAAACCACAUGUGGGAAUGAGACGGAUGAUGAUGACGACGAUGACGACGAUUAUGAAAAUACAGAAGUCACUGUCCAGAAAAAGGAUCAGAGGUCAAACCAGAAAGAGGAUUCAGAUGUGUCUGACGAGGACUACAUCAACAUAGAUGAAGAAGCAGAGAAAAUGGCCGUGGACAACGACUAUGAGGAGGAACAAAUUUAUGCAAACACGGAUUAGUAUGGUAAACUAAACAAUUUCACGUGUGUCACUGUAAUUCAAACUCACCUCAACUGCAUCAGGACAAAAAUAAGCAAGUCUCAGUCUGUAAAAUUCAGUGGUUGUUUGCAUGAUACUUCUCAAAUAUUCAUACAACACAACCUUAUUUGUCUGUAACAAAUGGCAGCGAUAUACAAACCUUCUGUGUCCUCACAAAUUGAAUAUUCUUGUAUACUUUGUACCAACAGUGACAGAAAGCAUGCCCACAAAGUGACAUCUACCAGAGAAAUAUUUCAAGAUGAUUCUUUGAGUUCAAAGCAUCAGACAAACAGAACAGACAUUUAAAGUGAACCUAUUAGUGUGAACAUUUAAACACACAAUACUGUGUGCAAGUGUGGUGCCAAAGACCUAUUCUCACCAAGUACGAUUUUUUGGGAUGUUUUUUAACACAAAGUCUGACACUCUAAGAAUGUGGGAGGAGAACAGAAGAGAAAUGAUAAACUUGUAAUAGUGAUUAUAAACUAAAGUUUUUUUUAAGCAAUGCAAGUAAAAGGCAGACACACUGGACUCAUGAACAGACUAGGAUACACCCCCACAGAGGUACACAACAUAAUGAUAUUUGGAGGCAGUGGCGGCUUAGUGGUUAGAGCUCUGGACGAUUGAUCACUGGGCUGUGGUUUCAAUAAAUGGGUCUAAAUUACCACUGUUUGGGCCCCUGAGCAAUGCAUUUAACCCUCCCUCCUCCAGGGGCCCCGUAUAAUUGCUGAGCCUACAAUAAAAAUACUUAAUUACUUGUUAUCUGUUCUGCUGCUACUGAGAGAAUGGAUCUCAACUGGUCAGCCUGAUUUUUAAACGCUGGAUCUGAUGAGUAAUGUUACAGCAGUUUUAGACUCAAUGUAAAAGAUGGUGUUAAUAUGUAUGUGUUCGUUUUCAAACCCUGCUAAGUGUUUAUUUUGUCCAUUAAAAUGAACUUAGUGAUCCCUGGUCGCGAGUUCGAUCCCUGGUGAUGCUACAGCCAUCCGUAGCAGGGAGUCCAAGAGAGCACAAUUGGCCUCGCUCUCUCAGGGUGGGUAGGGUGU